AUGGCAAUAAGAUCAUUACUAAAUUUAAUAAAAAUAUGUUCAUGUAAUAAUAAUGAAGCUGUAUUUAAUAUCAAUGUUGUAGGUGGAAAAAAAUAUGAGGAAGAAUAUAGUAAAACACACUACAACCUAGCUAGUGAUUUAGACAAAAUAGUAAAACAUAUAACAGAACAGAUAGAACAAUCAGCAAGAUUUGAAAAGAAUGAUUUUAAAAUAAAAAUAAAUUUAAAUCACCCAAGUGACACUGAAAUUGAUGAAUCAAUUAAUAAAGCUAAUCCAUGUGAAGGUAAUAUAACAGACAUAACAGGAUUAUUGGAAGAUAUCAAUCAAAGAGAUCCAACUUCACAUUAUUUAGUUCUUUUACCGUGUGAUCCAUCACCUUAUGAAAACAAUUUUAAAAAAGUCAAAAUGGACAUCCCUUAUUUUUUUCAAUCUAUCAAUGUAAAUUGUUAUAAAAGAGCAGCCAUUCUUCAAGUAAAUAACUAUCAUCAACUACUGGCAACAUUUGGAAAUUCAGUAUUACAUCUUUUAGGUGCCAAUUUAUCAGACACAGCAGAAGUAUUAAAUAUUCAUACAGGAGACGGUGGUAUUAAAUCAUCACUAGUAAUUAACGAUGAAAUGGUUAAUUCAAUAUUAAGCAGUCCUUGCUUCCCUUUAAAUAAUAAUUACAGUGACUACAUAAAUUAA